AUGGAGGUGGCUUUGGUUCCUGGGAACCACCUCGGUCACAUACCAGAGGAGCUCCUCCUCGACAUCAUCAAACAGCCGUGCCUGUCUGAUCUCGACCUCAUCUCCUUUGCACUCACCAAUCGUCGCCACUACAGAGUGGCAAUUUCUCCUGCAUACAAGGCACACAUUGAGCAGAGUCAUGGUUUAGCUAUCUACUGGGCUAUCAAAAACAAACGACAACGAACUCUGGAGCUGCUUAUCGAGAACGGCAUGAACCCCCACAUGGAUUUUGGAUCCGAUGAUGGACACCCACCCCUCGACGAACUCGGGACGGCGAUGGACGGACUCAAGUUCACCAAGGCAUAUAUGCCAAAGGCUAUCAACUUUGAGCAGAACAUCUGGGCCACCCCUCUUGCAUGUGCCGUAAUUCAUGGACGAAACUCCAUGGUGCGGUACCUGCUUGACAAAGGUGCAGAUCUCGAAGGGAUGUCAUUCGGACUGUGCAAUUGUUCCCAUUGUAUGUUACGCUUCUCCUCCUUGGCUGGCUCUACCGUUCCUCCACGUCUCAAUUUCGAAAAAAACCCGUGGAGGGAAGCUGGAGAGUGGAUCCCUCUACACUACGCGAUUUGCAAGGGGCAUGCCUCGACUGCAAAACUGCUGCUUGCACGUGGGGCAGAUGCUGAGGAUGUGGGUGGCGGGGUACCAGCCCUCUUUGUCGCCACACGUUUCGGGAGGAACGAAAUUGUGGACUAUCUCAUUGCGAACAGCGCUGCUGAUAUCAAUGCCGAGGGUGUUACCGGCUUAACGGCUUUGCACGUGGCCUUUGCUGCCCGCAAGUUCGAUCUGGUAGACAAAUACCUGGAGCAAGGCGCGGAUAUCGACUCCUCUUGCUAUGGAAGUAAUGGGCCUUGGACUAUUUUCUUGAUGGCAUGCGCAGAGGGCUUCUUCGAGCGAGCCCUGCAAUAUCUGCAGAAGGGUGCUAAUGCGCGGCUCAUCAUCGAGGAAUUUGUUCGGGGCAGCGUUGUGGGCCAAUUCACAGCUCUGAGACUCAUCUGGCAGCACAAAAUGGACGCUGACGACGUGAGGAGCGGGAGGCUCGCUUCCGCUAUGGCGCUGGAGAAGGAAAUCAUUGCAAGGAGCAAGACAGACCCUUCCUUCAACGAGGAAUCAGAGUAA